AUGUUGACGUCUCUUCCAUUGGAACUGCUUUCAACUAUCUGCAGCAAUUUGCAGUUGUCAGAUUGGAAAGCUCUCAGGCUAUCAAAUCACGCAUUGUACGAAAUAACGCUCGACAAGUUCGCCAACAGGUAUUUCAAGAAGAUUCAAUUUAUUGCCACAAGCGAGAGUCUUCGCGAACUGGAAGGUCUCGCUGAAUCGGAUGCUAUUUGUGAACGAGUUCGAGAGCUAUGGAUGAUCCCACAAUUAUUUGAAGGACUGGGCAUUCGAAGAGAAGAACGCCGAGGUCACCUUGCCAUGUCCUCAAGAUCCCCUGAACCGAUUAAAGGCGAAGAGUUAAAGGCCCGUUAUGCUAUUUACAAAAGCAUGGUCACCGACAGCUCCGAUCUACUGGAAUCAGAAUCUUUCAGUAUCAGACUUAGCAAAUGCCUGGAACGAUUUGUCAACGUUGAUACAAUUGGACUUGCAUACUACCCGACAACGUACUUGCUCGAUCCACGUCAGCAAAAAGUUCGCUUUCUCGGUUGGCGCCAUAUGAUAAAUCAAAUCGACUUCCAAUUCCAUCACGAUAGACUAAGCAUGCUUCACCGUGAUGAGAUAAACGGUAUCAAUUCCCUAGCGUUAUCGAGGCUCCUCGGAGCACUCAUUUCGUCUACUCGAACAGGAAAGAUCCGGAAGCUGCAUACACAUAAUGCUGAUUUCUUUGGCCGCUUGAGCCCCAAAAUCACCCUCGGAGCAGCGCAGUACAAUACCCUUCUUUCUUCUGUUCUAGAUGAACUGGAGGAUCUUCAUAUCUGCUUUGCUUUUGCAAGAAGCAUCGGCCCGUUUGCGCCUAAUCCACCUGAUAUUUUUCUAGAAGGCCAAACCUGGCUAAAUUUGCUGAUCAAAGUUGGCCCUCGUCUUCAAAUACUAAGUUACUCGCAGGACUGCGAUUAUGGCCAGAGGUUGUUACCGGAUUACUUUUGGUUGCUUACUUUAAGAAUGCAACUUACUCGGCUCAAGGAGCUUCAUCUUCAUCAGGUAUAUGUCACCUCUGAACUUCUGAAGGGCCUAAUUACCGGAGUCAAAGAAACCCUCACUGUUUUCACUCUUUUCGAAGUCAGGGUAGUUGACGAUGAUGAGCGUACUGGUGAUUAUUUAGAGCCUAGAGGAGUACUGGGCGCUGCAGAAAGUCUAAACACGCAGGGUAAUAUGGAAGCUCAGACUCCGGAUACUCAACAGAAUAUGGGCCCCCAGGACACCCUAGAUGCCCAAGAGAGUAGAAACCAGGAUUCACCACCUAAUAAACAUAUAAAAGACUCACCAAACCAUCCCUCUGCUUCACCGACAUCGCCCACCGCCCAAUUGACGACUGGAAAAAAAUCGCCCAUAAUUUAUAUUUCCAGCCCGAUAAGGCGUGAGGCUUCAUCUCUAUACAUGCUGCCAGCACAAUCUCUGUAA